AUGACGAUUGCGAACAAAUCGUCAAGAGGCGUCCUUGGACGUCUUACGGUGGCGCUAUGCCUGCCGUUGCUCUGCACCGCAUCCAUCACGGUGCUGGACGGGGGUAGCCGCUACUCUAGUCGGGCCGAUCAUCAUUAUAAAGCCUUCAAAAGGGGAUACGAGUACAUGGCCCGCCUUCAAUAUAUUCCGGGACACACAUCACUCUGCCCACAUAUUCCAGGAGAAAAGGUCAACUUGACAAUUGUACCACCAGAUAGUUUGCCAGUGGCUCUACUCGCUUCUGAGAAGGGAUGCACGCUCGAGGAAAAGGUCAAGUUCGUAAUGGAAAACAUUUACCCCAAGGGUAGCGUCGGGUAUAUCGUCGUGAAUGGCGACCGAAGUCUGCGAACUCUAUCAGAGUUACAGGCAGAUGAUCCCCUCUCUGGCCUGGACGACGAGAAGGAGACAAGCAAUGGUAGCCCUAGUACUACUGGCUAUGAUUUCCAAUCCAUGUUUGGGUAUUCCGGAACAGAUUGGCUGGUGGACCCUAAAACCAAUAGCGGUGCCUCCCCCUACCAAAUGUUUGGAGCGUCAGCAGCAGCUUCCUCGCCGCUGGGUGUGAUUCACGUGUCAAGCAGCACUUUUUACAACCUUAUGGCGCAUGUGAAUGAACAAAAAGAAGAGACCCGAAAAAUUGGUGGGCCUCGGGUGCUUUUGGAUGGAGGCUGGAAAGUCGGGAAUCGACAAGUUAUUGUUUGGAUGGCCAUUUCGGCGUUGUUGAGUGCUUGCGCCUGUACCUUCUUGCUCGUCGUCCACAAUGGCAGCGUUUUCUGGUACCAGCAGGAAGAAGAAACCCAAAACCAACAGCCUCAGAGGGAACGACGGAGGCGAUUGACCAGAGAACAAGUGCGCCGCUUGUUUCCACCUUAUGUUUUUGACGGAGAAGGAUUGCAACCCCAUUAUACGGCCACUCAUCCACCACCUCCACCAGUGGACUCGGCGUCCGAGGGUCUCUUGCCGGCGGAACCCCAAGUUCCGCAUGCAGUAGAGUUAUGUUGCUGUUCUAUCUGUUUGGAUGAUUACGAAGUUGGAGACAAGUUGCGGUGUUUGCCAUGCAAUCAUGCAUUUCACUACAGGUGCAUUGGCAGGUGGUUAGCAGAACGAUCCGCGACGUGCCCGCUUUGCAAGACAGAACUCUGGGAGGAGGAAGAGGAAGAUUCGUCAGAUGAAGAGGGCGAGGGUGCAGCAGCUGAGGGAUCCAAUGGCCAGUCGGGUGCAAGCGUGAUGACCUGGCGACACCUCGUCGACAUGUUAAGCUUCACCGGUGAAGGCGGGCACGAAAAUCUGGUCACUGCCACGGCAAACAAUCAGCUGCAGCCUCAACAAGGCCAAGACCAAGAAGACUUUUCGUCGGAACCGAGUUGGUGGAGACGUUGGUUGUUGCAUCGAAGAGGGAGAAGGCGAACCCUCGCCGAAGAGCACGGAGUCACUCUCAACAACCUCCUUCGAGAGCCUCUGUUGCAAGCAGAAAAUGGGCAAAUGAAUGGCCCUUCUGCCGAACCUGCAGAAGCGAGGCCAGAUCCUCCAGAGGGUGGUUCCCCCGACCGCGAGUAG